AUGGCGGCGCAGCUCAGUCAGCAGAGUCAGCCCAGAUCCCUUCCUCUCCAGCUUUUUCUUCACUCUUGUACGCUCUUCAACACCAGUGGCUUUGCACACCUACAGAAAAAGGACAUGGGUGGCAGAGCAGAAGCCGUCUCGACCGAGGCUAUAACCACGCCCCAGAAGUUGCUGUGCGUUCUGCUCUUCACUGCGGUUCUAGUACCCUAUGCCGGGAGGACCAGUGUCUCAGUGAUUCUGGUGGAGUUACAGACGCAGUCGGAUAACAAUACAAACACCAACGUCUCGAAGCUUCAGUCACAGUACAGUCAGUUCAAAGUUGGUGUCAUCCUGAGCUCAGUCUACAUCGGCCUGCUGCCCUCAAGCUUCAUCGGAGGUUACCUGGCCUAUCGAUAUUCCGCUCUUAGGGUGCUCUUGAUCUCAGUCGGCGCCAGUUCAAUUGUCCACAGUCUCGCCCCUGUUAUGUUUCAACACUUUGAGACUGCAGUAAUUCAACGUGUUCUUGCAGGAGUUGCAGAGAAAAGCAUUCCGUUUUUAAGCAUGGUCACGUCUCCUGCUGUUUGGGCCUUCAGCCUGCUCAACGUAGCGUCCUAUAUUUGGGACCCAAGCCUCCUCCCUCUCUACUUCAACCAAAGCUUUGGGGCAAAUAUCGAACUGGUCGGUGUCUUAUCUGGACUUCCUGUCCUGAUAUUUGGAUUUCUGGAGCCAAUAUUUGCCCUUAUUGGAAACCAAAUAAGCAAGCAUGUUUCAACGACUGCCACGCGGAAAAUCAUGGCUGUCACGAGUUGCCUGUGCGUUGCCGGUUGUCUUUUCGUGGCUGCCUUCACAACCGACUCUGUCGUGGCGGCCUGUUUCGUCACCUUGGGCUAUGGAUUUUCCGCAGCAAGGGCUGCAGUUGCCGAUGCCAAUGCAUUUGACAUCGCGCCACGAUACGCCAGCGUACUAUCGGGGAUCUGUCGAGUUUUAUGUCGUGUUGCGGGCCUGGCAUUCCCAUUGGUAGUGACAGCACUUACCAAGAAUAAGUCGACCAAGGAGUGGUCUUAUGUCAUCAUUAUAACGGCAUGUGUGUUCGCUGCUACCGCCCUGUUCUUUGGCACCUUCGGGAGCGGAAAGGAGCAGCUUUGGGCCCAGCUGGAUCACAAUGGCGACAUUCAAGAUAGUGGAAAUCAGCGAACUCGGGGUAGCAAGAAAAAUGACGAGGCAGAUG